AAAAAAAAAAUUGAUGCUAUUGUUGUCAGAGAGCAAGUGAGUGAAGAGAUAAAGUGGGGAAAAAAAAGCAUCUCUUUCACUCUCUUUUAUUUUCUUUCUUUCUUCUUUUUCUCUUGUUGUUUAUAAUAAACAUGUCAUAUUAUAAUAACUCAAUUAACUUUGAAGACGAUGAUGAAUAUACUGAAAAAGAAUCUACCGAGUAUAAUUUAAAGGAAUGUACUCUUUAUGCUAUUGAUUGCAGAUCUUCCAUGUUUGUUAAAGAUGAAGCAGGCAAUACUCCUUUUCAAGUUGCUUUAGAAAGUAUUCGUUCUAAAUUGUUAGAUACGCUCUAUACUCGACCCAAUGAUCAAGUAGGCAUUGUUUUGUUUAGCACAAGAGAGAACAAGAAUAUGACCAAUAAGGAUCAUAUCUAUAUACUUCAAACAUUAGACAUUCCUGAUGCUUCUCGUAUUAAAGAGCUUGAUUUAUUGAUUGAAGAUUUGUCAUUGGUCAAACAACACUAUGGUUCAACUGAUGAUAUAUUUCCAUUCAGUGAUUUCUUUUGGGUGUGUGCAGAUAUUAUGUCAAGCACACCUAAAUUUGCUACCAAACGUAUCAUUUUAAUCACAGACAAUGAUGAUCCAACAGGACAAAAUCCAGUUUACAGAAAGACAGCAUUACAAAGAGCCAAAGAUUUAAAUCAAGUGGGUGUUGAACAUGUCUUGUUUGGUUUAGAUCAAUCAGAACAUGUAUUUGACAAGACGUUGUUCUACAGAGAUAUUGUGAAUUUUGAUGAUACUACUCUGACUGAAGAUGACUUUGAAUAUAAGCUGUUAUCUUCUACUGGUAAAUUAAAAGAUUUGUUUGAAAAGAUCAAGACUUUUCAGACAACUACACGAUCCGAAUUCCGUAUUCCUUUUCAUAUUGCACCUCAUCUUACGAUUGGCAUUAAAGGGUUUAAUAUGGUAGUGGAAAAGAAAGUAGAACAGCCAAAAUAUUUUUAUACAAGUGGAGAACAAUCAAAAGAAGUGAAAGCAACUACACGUUGGCGUUGUGUGGACACAAAUGAAUUCUUGACUCCGACUGAUAUAAAAAAAUCGUAUGGCUAUGGUGGUGAAAAGAUUGUAUUUUCAGAAGAAGAUGUGGCUCAAAUCAAGACAGUCAAUGAACCAGGCUUAGUUGUAUUAGGGUUUAGAGGACAAGAGGCUUUGAAAUCAUAUCAUCAAAUCUCUCAUCCUUACUUUAUCUAUCCCGAUGAAUCCCAAUACAAGGAAAGUAAGAAUGUCUUUUGUUUGUUAUUGAAAACCUUAUGUCAAAAGAAGCAACUGGCUAUUUGUUCUCUUGUCAGAAAAACCAAUGCUUUACCAGGAAUGGUGGCACUUUUACCACAACAAGAAACACUGGAUAAAAAUGGCAACCAGAUUGAUCCUCCUGGAUUUCAACUGAUUGUUUUGCCAUAUGCUGAAGAGAUUCGUAGUGUUCCACCUUAUAAUAUAGCUGAAGAUUAUGAAAAUGGUGUUGAAAAGGCAAAGAUAUUGAUUGAAAAGCUCAAGAUUACAGAGGGAUAUAAGCCAAUGAAAUACCCUAAUCCAUGCAAUUUGUGUUAUACUUAUAUGUCACAUCUAGUCCUUCAAAACCAUAAGUAUAUGAUUCAACAUAUUGCACUUGAAAAUGUAUCUGAAAAGCCAGCAGACAAGACAUUGCCCAACUAUCAGUUUAUAGAAUCAGAACUUUCGGAUGAUAUUAAAGAUUUUAAACAAGCUGUUGGUCUGGACUUGAUCUCAGCAUGUUUAGAUAAUCAUGCUAAGCGGAAAGAUGAAGGAGAACAAAAUACUCGUACAAAGCGUAUAAAGUCUGAUAUGACUAUAUUUGACUAUUGGGAAUCCAACACCUUAGCCAGUGUUACAAAUCCUUCUUUAAAAGAGUUCCUUGUCUCUGUUGGCAUUCAACCUAAAAAACUCAAGGCAGAUUUAGUUGAGCAAGUGAACGAAUAUUUCCGCAGUAAACAAAAAUAAAUGAUAGCAUUAUCUCGUUGGCAUAUCUUUUUAUCUGGGUGAUCUACACGCUAAAAAAUUUUUUUAAGCCAGUCAAUACAUCCAAAUUUAAGCACGCAGCACGCAAUGAUCAUUUUUAAUAUAGAAAAAAAAUUUUUUUUAUUUAUACAGAAUUAGAUUACGUUUGG